GCGCGGGCUGAGCCCUCCGGGCCUCCGUAGCGGCAGAGCCGCGUCCCUGCGUGCGCCGACGCUUCCGGCUGCCGACAUGGCGGCGCAGAAGAUCAACGAAGGGCUGGAGCACCUCGCCAAGGCCGAGAAGUACCUGAAAACUAGUUUUUUAAAAUGGAAGCCAGACUACGACAGUGCUGCUUCAGAAUAUGGAAAAGCAGCUGUUGCUUUUAAAAAUGCCAAGCAGUUUGAGCAAGCCAAAGACGCCUGCCUGAAGGAGGCUCUUGCCCACGAGAACAACAGGGCUCUUUUCCAUGCUGCCAAAGCUUACGAGCAGGCCGGCAUGAUGUUAAAGGAGAUGCAGAAGCUGCCAGAGGCUGUUCAGCUGAUUGAAAAAGCCAGCAUGAUGUAUCUGGAAAAUGGUACCCCCGACACGGCGGCCAUGGCCUUGGAGAGAGCCGGAAAGCUUAUAGAAAAUGUGGAUCCGGAAAAAGCGGUACAGCUGUACCAGCAGACAGCUAGUGUGUUUGAGAAUGAGGAGCGCUUACGGCAGGCGGUUGAAUUACUAGGAAAAGCCUCAAGGCUGCUGGUGCGGGGGCGCAGGUUUGAUGAGGCAGCCAUCUCUAUUCAGAAAGAAAAAAAUAUUUACAAGGAGAUUGAGAAUUACCCAACUUGUUAUAAGAAAACGAUCGCUCAAGUCUUGGUUCAUCUGCAUAGAAAUGACUACGUGGCUGCGGAGCGCUGCGUCAGGGAGAGCUACAGCAUCCCGGGGUUCAACGGGAGUGAAGACUGCGCUGCCCUCGAACAGCUUCUUGAAGGGUAUGACCAGCAAGACCAAGAUCAGGUGUCCGAGGUCUGCAACUCGCCACUCUUCAAGUACAUGGACAAUGACUAUGCCAAGCUGGGGCUGAGCUUGGUCGUCCCAGGAGGGGGCAUCAAGAAGAAGUCACCUGCCACACCCCAGGACAAACCUGCUGGCGUCAGCACCGCCGCCGCCGAGGAGGAGGAAGACGAGUACUCCGGAGGUCUGUGCUAGUGCUCCCCCCGCAGCGGCCAAGGGCAGAACAGGAAGAGAAGCU